AUGGACCGUGGUUUGUUUAAUAUAGCUGUUUUUCUGGAUUUACAAAAGGCGUUCGAGACCAUAAAUCAUGACAUCCUCUUAACGAAACUUGAUCUUUAUGGCCUACAGAAGCCAUCAUUAAACCUUUUAGGAUCCUAUUUAGCGAAUAGAACCCAAAUGUGCUCCGUUAAUGGCGCUCUGUUGGGCACAAAGUUGGUUACAUGUGGAAUCCCUCAAGGUUCAAUUCUUGGCCCACUCUUAUCCUUGAUCUACAUUAAUGAUCUGCCUAACAGUUUGGAGUACUCGUCGACAAGAAUGUUUGCCGACGAUACGACUCUAACUGUAUCUGGCAAGUCAAUCCAAGAUGUAGAGGUGGCCAUAAAUCAUGACCUUACCAAUGUUAAACAAUGGCUUUCUGCAAAUAGAUUAUCUCUUAAUCUAGUCAAAACUGAGUAUCUACUAAUAGGAUCUCGGUACAACAUAAAUAAUUUACUUGCUGCUCCAAAUGUAUUUGUUGGUGAUACACCAAUUAAAAAGGUGAAAGAAACAAAAGCGCUUGGAGUUCAUAUUGACGAAUUUCUAUUGUGGGAUAAGCAUAUUGAUAAAAUUGCUAAGAAGAUUUCAUCCGGAAUUGGGGCGAUCAGAAAGCUAAAAUCUUGUGUGGAUCAUAAUACAUUAAUUUGUGCUUAUAAUGCACUUAUACUUCCCCACCUAGAUUAUUGUUGCGAAGUUUGGGACACCAUUGGUGCCACACUUUCUGAUCGACUCGAGAAACUACAAAAUAGGGCAGCUAGAGUUAUUACUGGCCGUAAAAACGAACACGGUCAAUCUGAACUUGCUCUAGACAAACUGAAAUGGAAACAUUUAAGUGAACGCAGAACCCAUUUCGUAGCAAGUCUUAUGUAUAAAAUAACUUGCGAACUGGUGCCAAAACGACUUACCAAUAUUUUUCAAAGGACGUCUUCCUCUUAUUACUAUAAUAUGCGAGGCUCUUCCACCAAACUCUUUUUGCCCAAACCUAAGACUGAAUAUCUUAAAAAAAAGUCUUAGUUAUAGAGGAGCGAAAUUGUGGAACAGCCUUUUCUGAUGAAGCAAGAAACAAACACACUCUUGCUUCGUUUAAUUCAUGUAUACGACACCUGGCCAAUUAAUUAAUUAAUUAAUUAAUUAAUUAAUUAAUAAAAUAAUUACGUUAAUUAAAAAUAUUGAACAGUACUAACAUUAAUCAAAUUUGUAAAUAAUUAUAUACUAGUUGUAUUUGUAAAUGUAUUGUCAUUGUUGUUAACUGUAAUGUAAUGUAAUGUAUGACCAUAAUUUGUAUCAGUUGUAUUUUUUAACUAUUUAAAUCUAUGUCCCCCUUGGAAAUCAGCCUUCGCUGUAGGGGUUAGCGUAGUUAAAUAAAGUUUUACCUACCUACCUACCGUAGCAUAUGCUACAGUUGCAACGGCCUGGAUCUGCCCGGCCCUGGACUAGUUUCAUAUAUGGAGCCAUAUUUAAGGGACGUCUUGUAAGAAGUUCUUGUGACAUGACAUGCCAUCACAUGUUAUGACAUGCGAUACGUUAAUUAAACCAUAAUAUUAUGGUAAUAGAUAUAAUUGUUUAGAGAAUCUAUCUUCAUUAUUCACUUAUGAGAAUUUUCACGGUCUUAAUUUUAUGGUCAUUUUUUGGCCAGAUUUAUGCUUCAAGAUUAAUUUAUGAUUCAAGCUAGUGAUAGAUUGGAAGCACUUUUUGGUGUAUCUAUUUUAGAAGAUAAGGACCACAUGCGCAAUGAGUUGUGGUAUGUCGUGUAUCAAAUGUCAAGCUAGUGUGGUUUGCAAAUUUUUUACUUUUUUGUUCGAGUAUAUUUCUAAGAAGAGAAGCCCGCUUUUGACAGGUUUUUGUCAUAUUUUGUAUUGGAUAAGUGACUCCGAAUCCUUAUUUUGUAUUGGAUAAGUGACUCCGAAUCCUUAUUUAAUCUCAGACAUGAAAUAUAACUGUUUAUAUCAUAUAAUUAUAACGUCUAUUUGUGGUUAUUGUGUCUGUUAAAAUUUGAAUUUGCACAUGCAAGAAUUUGUACGUUUUAUAUUGAAAUUAUUUCAUUUCAAUGCCGUCACAUAUUAGUUAAAAUGAACAAUUCAAAUUUUGAAUAAACACAUAGUAAAUACUGGGUUUUGCACUUGUUAAUUAUGCAUUCUAUUUUUAAUCACCCCUCUCCUGGAUUUCCAAGGUCUUUCAGGCCAUCUAGUGGCAGCUCUCUCCCCUUGACAAGUAAAAUAGAGUGCAUCAGGGCACAUUAUGCCUUAAAGGAUUAAUGCUGCCCACAAUAUGGUAAAAAGUAUAAACUUUUCCUAGCUUGAGCUUGAAGGAUUUCCAAUCUAAACCCUUGUAGAGUUUAUAUACUGUAUGUGCCUGUUUACAUGUAUGUGAUAAUGGCAUUGCUGGAUAGGAGGUUUUAAUCCAGUCGUGCUGAGAAACUUGGCUAAGCAAAACAGUAAUGUUUAUAUAGAUGGGAUACAUGCACCCCGCCAGGAAGGGAUGAUAGAGUGCUUACUGUAUAUGAGAAUUUCUCGUUGUGGGAGGUGGGAUCCCGGCAACAAGUAAUGAGGUCUCACCUAGGCCAGAUAGAGGUGGAAUCAUUUAUUUUACUGUAAACACUCGAUAGAGUUCAUAUUGCAAGAGGGAUCAUAAAACUAGUAUUCUUUUUACAAGUGCUGACAUCUUGUAUUUUUGUUGCAAGCAUACCUAUUACAGCCAACUUACAGACGAGGGAAAGCUGCUUAAAAUUACUACAUGGUGAGUGUGAUUAUAGAGAUUCCUUUAUAGGUAGAUUUUAUCCCAGAAUCUUGACUUAGAUCAUUACCCAUUAGAGUGAGUGGAAGUCAGUGCCAACAACUCACCCCAAGGCAAAGCCUUCCAUUCUGCACUGAAAAGUAUCAAUUAUGAAUGCUGGAUUUUGUUCAUUCAGCAUUAGCUUCCAGAAAUGUGAUAAAAAGGCAAUGUGCAUGUAAUACAAAGCUAGAUUGAUUUAUGACUGUCUUAUAAAUGACCAUUUCAUUAGGCGCUAGCACUCUCCACUUGAGUCUUGGCAAGUAGAAUUGUCUCAUGUUAGACAAAGUACAAUAAUUUGGAAAUAUCAGUAAUUUUAUGUCAUCUUUGAAUUUUGUGAAAUGACAUGGAAUAUCGGUGUCAGUAUCUGCAAAAUAUCGGUCCUUCAAAAUAUCGGUUAUCGGAAUAUCAGUGAAUUUCCAUAUAGUGCAUCACUAUUUCUGGGUUAGCAUGUACUAGCUAUAAUUUGGUCUAUGGAUUGGAACCAUAGUGAAUCAAAUUUUUCCUAUGAAAACAAAUAUUAAGUAAUUUAUCUGUAAUCAUUAUGUAGGAUGGAAUUUACAAGGUGAUAAAGAAUUUUUGAACAUGGUAGAUGCUUUCUAAAAUGCAAGGGUGAUGUUGUUGGUACUGUAUUUGUGAUCUAAUAUAUUGGCUCAUUCCUGAUUACAGAAAACAUUGAUAUGGUUAUGGUUUCACUUCAGUUGUACAUGAGAGGCAUGCUACUUGUUUAACCCAUUAUGUGACAGCACUGGAAAGUAAAACAAUAAGACAUUACACAUAUACAGUAAAUGUGUUGCUGUGGAUGCAAAUUUUACUGACAUUUUUUUGGUAAAAUUUAAACAUAAUUUUUUGUAGUGUGGGUAUUGCCACACCAAAAUGCCCAGAAUCUUGUAAAUAUUUUAAUGUUAAACUUGUAAGUACACCUUUUAAACUUGCAUUGUGUGAUUAUUAAUAUGUCUAGUGAGCAAAGAUAAAAUGGUGCUGUCUUCCGAAUCGAAACAUCCCCUUUAGAAACACCUAAACAGCCCCUUUUGAAAGUACCAGCGAACUGCGAGCUCAGGAAAAUUGUGCCUCACCGGGUACAAGCAAAACAGGAUUUAGUGAAUAUAAUAAAAGAGGGGACCAGUAUACAACAAGUGGAUUAUUCGGUGAAACUACUUGCUAAAAUGUGCUUACUGCAGUAGGGAAGGUCACUUUUCAUCUAAAUGUCAAAAUGUUUCUAAUGUCCAGUCUCGUAAGGCUAUUUUGCAUAGAAACAGAAGGUGUUUUAUUUGUUUGGAGGCUGGACAUAUCACCAAAAAUUGCAAAGCUAACUACAUUUGUAGGAAAUGCAAGGCAGGAAAACAACAUAUUCCCAUAUGUGAGUCAUCCCCAGCCAAUCAUACAGAAAGUUCUCCAGAGCUGAAAAAUGAUAAAAAUAAUGUAAAAUCGGAUACUCAAGGUUUUGUGGGUCAUGCUAGUUGUGAUAGGAGUGGCAUACUUUUACAGACAGCUAGAGCAAAUGUACUACCAGUAGAUGAGAUCAGCACCAGAAUUUUCUUUGACAGAGGUAGCCAAAUGUCUCAGAGAAAUUACGAAGUCGGCUCAAAUUAAAAACAAUCAGGACAGAAAAGGUUGUGAUAAAGGACCUUCGGACAGAGUGGAGGCGCAGUGAAGUCCAAAAACUAGACAUAGCACAGUUCAAGGUUAGGAAUAAGAAUGAUCCCUGAUUCACCUUUGUAGAAGCCUUGUGUGUACCCACUAUAUGUAGUCCUUUGACGAACCAACCCAUUGACAGUGCAUGCAAUUUACCGGAAUUUAAAAACUUAGAGCUUGCUGAUUUUGGGCAUGAUCAACCAGGUCUCCCAGUUGGGAUAUUAGUUGGAAUAGAUUACUACCAUACUUUCAUGACUAACAGGGUAGUAAAAAGUCAGGCAGGACCUGUCGCUUGCAGGACUAGGGUCAGAUGGGUGCUAAGUGGGCGGUUUGGUUCUCCCUCACCUGACAUGCAUUGUUUCGAAAUACAUUUACUGAGGGCUACUGUUGAGCAGAGGCACACAGAUCGAGACCUAAGAGAAGAUUUAGAAAAAUUUUGGAACGUUGAAAGUGUAAGUACUGCCAGAAACAACAUUGUUGAUCAGUUGAAAGUGAUAUUGUGCAUGAUAAGACUAGAUAUAUAACUAAAUUGCCCUUUAAACCGGAUCAUGAAGUACUUCCAGACAACUUUAAUGUUUGCCAAGGGUGACUGAAAUCUUUGAAAAGCAAAUUAGUCACAAAUGAUAUAAUAAAUGAUUACAAUCAAAUAUUUGUUGAAUAUGAGAAAAGUCAAAUCAUAGAGCAAGUCCCUUCAGAUCAGGUUGCAAAAGAGCCAGGUCAGGUUCAUUACCUCCCUCAUAGGCCUGUCAUUCGAAAUGAUAAGGACACAACUAAGAUCAGGACGGUAUUUAAUGCCUCAUGCAAGGUUAAUGGCCCAUCCCUGAACGAGUGCCUCUGCUCAGGCCCAAAUCUAAUUGCAAAAAUUUUCGAUAUUUUACUAAGAUCAGACUUAACAAACUUGGAGUUUUCGGGGACAUCAAGCAAGCUUUUUUGAAUGUGGGCAUAGAUAGCCAACAUAGGGACUUUCUGCAGUUUUUAUGGUACAAAAGAAAGGAAGAAGAUGAGCCUAUUGCAAUUUAUAGAUUUAAUAGAGUAGUGUUUGGUAUAACCAGCAGUCCAUUUUUGUUAAAUGGAACUAUUAGGCAUCAUCUUGAUAAAUACGCGCACAAUGAGCAGGAAGUUGCACAACAGAUGAAAAACGAUCUUUACGUAGAUGAUUUAGUAAGUGGAUGCAACACAUCUGAAGCAGGCAAAGUUCUAUAUGAUAAGAGUAAGGCCAUUCUAUCAGAGGCAGGAUUAGAUUUGCACAAGUGGGUUACUAAUGAUCAAGAAUUAAGAAUGUACAUUGAGUCAAAGGAGAAGCUAAUUAGUGAUUUUUCCAACAAGGACAAUGACAUGACUUAUUUCGAAGUGACAUCACCAAACAUCAAUGUAAAGCACAAAACAGUUUCAGGCGUUAACUGGGAUUUCACUUACAAUUUUCACUCCAGUACGUGUGUAGAGCUUUUUAGAGGAUAUAUUCUGUUGGAUGGAUUCGGAGGUUGCUCUUUGUUGGAUAAAUGGAAAGGAAAAAAGUUGGGAGCCUUGGGUGGUUGCAAUAAGGAAGGUUGUGGAUCGGACAAAGUGGAAUUUUGUGAAGGGCGAACUCAAUCCAGCGGAUAUCCCAACUAG